AUGGAGGAUAAUGACGUGGCACAACUUAAGUUACUUAUUAUUGGUGAGAGUGGGGUGGGUAAAACUUCGAUCUUACAACGAUUCAUUGAGAACGUCUUUAAGAAAGGAUUUACAAGUACAAUUGGGAUUGAUUUCCGUUCUAAAAGGAUUAAAGUAGAUGGAGUAGAAGUUGAGUUGCAGAUUUGGGAUACAGCUGGACAGGAAAGGUUCUUUUCGAUUACUAAGAGUUACUAUCGGGGUUCAGAUGGAAUAUUUUUGACCUUUGAUAUCUCUUCUGAGAACUCAUUUAGAAGUACUGAGAAGUGGAUGGCAGCUAUUCGUAGUAAGGUGGAUGAGAAUGUGCCUAUUUUCUUAUUGGCUAAUAAGAAAGACUUGAUUGAUAGUGGGGCAAUGGACUCUUUAAGAACAGUCCAGAACAUUAAGUCUUUAUCUGGGGAGUUAGGAAUUCCCUGGUAUGCUACUAGUGCGCAAAGUGGAGAAAACAUUGAAGAGAUCUUUACUGAUAUGGCCCGAAUUAUCUUGAGUAAGAAGCAGCCAAGUCAGCCUAAGAAGAAGAAGAGGUUUACCUUCUCAACUAGAUCACUUAAGAAAGCUUUCUCUUGCUGGUGA